AUGGCUGAACCUAUAAUAUCAUUUCAUAUAUAUAUUUCAUUAAUAAUAACUCUUCUUUUAUCAUUUACUCUUCUUUCGCUGCGGCCUCCGACUUCUGGAUAUUUGUAUUUAAAACUAUGUUUAAUAGCUUCAGUAUAUGCAUCAAUACCCUUAAUAUUUGGUUCAUAUUAUCCUUGUAUAGAUAAUUUAUCAAUUCCAGUGCUUACUUUUACAUUUUUAUUUAAAAUAAUGGUUUGGUUAAAAAAAACCUACAAAUUUGUCGGUAAAAAGAAAGAAGAAAUCGAAAAAAUUAAAUUUAUACCAUUUUGGUUGACCUUAUUCAGUUGGAGACGUAAUGAUCUAAGUCGUCACAGUCAAAAGAAUCAAAAGAGUCAAAAAAGUACUACACAAACAUUAUUAUUAACAUCACAAAUAGUAAAUUCGCUCUUAUUUUUAAGUAUACUUAAUUUUAUUCCAAAAUUAAUAAUACGUGAAAUUUGGGCAUUUGUUAUAGAAUAUCUUAGUCCUGAGGUACCGGAAAGGCCCUACGCGCUUCGAAUUCUUGACUAUUUUCAUACACCAUCACAAAUUUCAAAUAUAACUAGUCCUUAUAUGUUAUUUUAUUGUUACUUAUAUGGUGGAUUCUUAUAUCAGAAUAUGGAUUACUUAUAUCAUUUAUUUAAAGUCUUUGCGGCUAUCUUAUUAUGGAUUAUACAUCGUUCCCAUUCUUCAAAUUAUCAUAUGAAUAUGCGAUCAUAUUCACAUCCUCAUCAAAAUAGUUCGUACAACAUAACAAUUAUUCACAUGACUUUUUAUCUAUAUUCAUUAUUAACUACAACACCUCAAUUAUUCAACAAGCCAUUUUUAUCUCAAAAUCCAAAAGAUCUUUGGUCAAAAAGAUGGCAUCAAAUAUAUAGAUCAAGUUUUACAGAACUUGGUUAUUUUCCUAUAAUUAAUUUCUUUGAAAAAUUUAAUAAUUCAUCAUUAAGAGUAACAUUAUUUGAUUAUAUUAAUUCUGCUGCAAAAUUACUUAGAAGACUUGGUUCUUUAUUAGGUUAUAAAACGUUUUUAAGGAAUAAAAAAAUUCAAAGGGACAUUCAAAGCACCACAGAAAUUAUUAAUCAAAAUGAUGAAUUUUUAAAGAACGAUCAAAUUUUUAAAAAUAAUGUUUCAACUUUUAAUACUAUUACUUAUAGUGAAAUUUCGAGAGCUUUAGCAGUUAUAGGUAGUUUUCUUUGGAGUGCUAUAUUACAUGAAUAUUUAUUUAUUGGUUUAUUUGGUUGGAAUAAUAGUAAAGGUGAACAUUUUUCUUUUUUUUUGGUACAUGCAUUUAUAAUGAUUAUUUGGGAUUUAUUAAGCAAACUGUUUAAUAGAUUUUGGAAAUUAUAUUAUCAUGAUUAUGACUAUCAUGAUAAAAUUGAAUUGAAAAAAACUGAAAAGAUAUUAUUUAUGAUAAAAAAAUUUUUAGGGUUUAUUAUUUGGAAUUUUAUAUUAACUUUAACAUUACCUUUAUUUAUCGAACCUUAUAUUAGAUUACAUCAUUACUAUUGUGUACCUCAUUUGGGAUGUCAACGAAAAAUUUAA